AUGGAUUACUUGAAAUCAACUCUUUCGAGAGCAAUUCUGGGAAAAGACAUCCCGGCUUUUCCUUAUAAUAUCGGUACAAAAGUAGAUUCAUACGAUGGUGUUUCCAUAUGGGAGUUGCGCUCUGGCACUAAGAAGGAAGAUGACAGUCCAGUGUCCAUAUUCACGUUUGACUGUGCUAGAAACAGGGAUAGGCUUUCACUAGCUAAGAACGCGUUUAGGAAGAUGCGGACAAUUAGACAUCCUGAUUUGCUGAAAUAUGUUGAUGGUGUUGAGACAGACGAUUAUAUUUAUGUCGUGACAGAUCCUGUGGUACCAUUACAAACGCGAUUGACCGAAUCCAUAGAUAAUAACUUAAAACUGUGGGGAUUAUACAAGAUCGCUAACGUGUUGAAAUUUCUCAAUGAAGAUUGCCAAAUAAUUCACGGAAAUGUUCGCAUAGCUUCGAUAUUUACAAAUAAAGCCGGAGAAUGGAAACUAGGCGGAUUUGAACUAAUGAGUUCUAUCAAAGAAGAAUCUCCCAUUAUUCAUACUUAUGGGGGUCUAAUGCCAGAGGCCAAGAAGUAUGCAUCCCCGGAAAUAAUUAAAGGGUCUUGGAAUGUGUUGAAAGAUUUCGACGUGCAUGUCAUAGAUACGUGGGAUUAUGGCCUUCUUAUAUAUGAAGUAUACAAUGGUCAAUUCAGCACAGCAGACCAAUUAUCUAAUCGGGGUUCUAUUCCAUCAAACUUGGCGCGGCAAUACAAGCAGUUGAUAUCACAGAACGCGCGAAGUAGGCCUAAUAUGUCCUCUUUUAUUGAACAAGGUUUAAACGAUGAGGGAUUCUUCCAGGACGAUUUUAUUCAAACUGCUCUAUUUCUUGAACAUAUGAGCAUCAAAGACGCGAGAGAAAAGGAGGCAUUUAUCAAAAAAUUAAAUUCUUCAUUAGAUAAUAUUCAUCGAGACUUUUGCAAGUACAAAAUAUUACCCGAGCUCAUUCACUCUGUUGAAUAUGGAUCAGGUGGUGCUAAAGUGCUCGAUCCAAUAAUUAAAAUCGGAUCAUUUCUUAGUGAAGAGGAAUACGAAACCACAAUAGUAGCACUAAUAGUAAAGCUCUUUGCUAUGCCUGACCGAACAAUACGUUUGAGUUUGCUGGAAAACUUUUCCAUUUUUAUUGAUCAUCUGAGCGAAAAGGUUAUAAAUGAUAAGAUAUUUUCUCAUAUGGCAACAGGCUUUACCGACACAGCGCCCAUCAUUCGAGAAAGUACCGUCAAGUCUGUCUUACUACUCGCACCAAAACUGUCAGACCGCAUCUUGAAUAACGAUCUGCUCAGAUAUCUUGCCAAACUGCAGACCGAUGAUGAGCCAGGAAUUCGCACCAACACAACAAUAUGUCUUGGAAAGAUUAGCAAAUAUUUCAGCGAAAGUACAAAGAAAAAAGUACUCGUCCUUGCAUUCACUCGUGCUUUAAAGGAUCCAUUCCCGCAUGCCAGGGUUGCUAGCUUAAUGGCAUUAGCAGCCACAUUACAAUAUUACGAUGCAUCUGAGUGCGCAACGAAAAUAGUGCCUUGUGUCUCUACGGCUUUAAUAGAUAAGGAGAAGCAAGUACGCACACAAGCAUUCAAAACACUAGAUAUGUUCGUCAAGAGAUUAGAGAAGCUAACGGAAUCAAUGCCCGAUAGUGCGACUCCACCACAACAAUCUAAUGGCACAGGCGCCGGUGGUGUAGCUGUAGUGGCUGGUGCUGUAGCAACAGUCGCGGAGAGUUGGGGUGGUUGGGCAGUGACUUCACUAACUAAGAAGCUCGCUGGUGAGGGAGAUCUUGCACCAGAUAGAUCGUCAAACAACCAAUCACCUUCCAAUGAUUCUUCUUUGGGAAUUCGCUCCGGAAAGAAUGACACGUCACCUGCCACCAGUACCAGUUCAUUAAGAUUGUCGUUUGCGGAUAAUGCUAGCGGUGAUGCUUCGGACGGCUGGGGCGGUGAUGAGUCAAUUGAAGCUGGCGGGAAAAAGGACGAGAGUCAAUCUAGUGUUGGCAUGAAGCUCGGUGUCUCCGCUGCUGCUUCACCGAUGAAACUUGUUGGGACUUCACGAAUUGCUUAUCAGACGGAUGGUUGGGACGUGGAUGAUUCGGGGUGGGGUAACGGUGAGGAUGGUUGGGAUAAUGACUGGACUACAAAGCCAUCAUCCCAAAAUUCCUCGUCAUCCUCUCAGUCAAUGUCAACAAACGCGACAAAAGAAGAAAGAGUUGCUGAAAUGCAUCAACGCCGAGAAGAGAGACGUCAGAGAAUGGCCGAAUUGCGCGAGAAAAAGAAGAAAUCCGGCGGACUGGGAGCUAGAAGAGUAUGA